UGUAGAAUCAGCUGGCCCUGAUUGCAUCGUCCCAGGGCAGAUUACGCCCAUCAAAUUACUUGGUCUCAAGGUAUGGCCUGUUGAGGUUGACCUGAAAUUUUUGGAACCAGUUGGAAGAGAGCUUAAGUUGCUUGGAAAGGAGCCAUGCAAGGAGAGCAUGAUCAACUUCGUAAAGGGACAUGGCUUGAGGAAGAAGAUGAAAGACUCAUUUCUUUUGUACAACUUAUGGGAGAGAAGAGAUGGGAUGCUUUAGCCAAAGCCUCAGGUUUAAGAAGGAGUGGUAAGAGUUGCAGGCUAAGGUGGCUUAACUAUCUUCGUCCAAAUCUAAAGCAUGAUCAAAUUAGUGCUGAAGAGGAGAAUAUCAUCAUUCAACUUCAUGAGAGAUGGGGUAACAAAUGGUCGAAAAUCGCGAGAAUUUUGCCAGGAAGAACUGAUAAUGAGAUAAAGAAUUACUGGAGAACUUAUUUAAGAAAAAAAUUAGCACAAAAUCAAGAAGAGAAAGGCAAAGAAGAUAUUGCUACUACUGCUAUUGGUGAUAAAAUAUGGAAGUGUGAGAGUGAUGAAUAUGAUGAGAAUUUAUGGGGAAGCAAAAGCAGUAGUUGGGAUGGUUGUUCUGAUGGGUCUGGAUUAUUAUUAUCAUCAGGAGAUUUUGAACUAACAAGUUCACCAUAUGAGAAUCGAUUAUCAGAUUAUUGGAUAUCAUUAUCAGUACUUUCUAAUAAUGAUGAGCAAGAUAGUAAUGAAAUGAAAUGCUAUGAUGAAUGUAAUAAUAGUAUGGUAGAUCAUGAUCAAUAUUGGAGUACUAUUGUCCCUGGUCAUCAUGAUUAUGAUCAAUGUGACACUUGGAACACUUCAGGUUCUCUCUGGGACAUGAACUAAAUGAAUAACAUCAAUAUGUGUAAUAUAUUUAUUAUAAUGUCUUUAGUAGUUUAGUGUGUAUAUAUAGAAGUAUUACUUUUUCAGUGUGUGAAAAUAUCAAAUGAAGAAAGCUUAGAAAGUUAUUAAUAAAGUUCUAUUGGUACCCAAAA